AUGAUUUUACGGCAAUGGUUAUUAUUACUGCUGUCCUCGUCAUUGGUUUCUUCCAUAGAAUUGAAUAUUGAGAAUGAAACGGAAUUUUGGAGCGAUAUUUUAAGCUACGCUGAUAGUGUCGGGGGUACUGUGCUGAAUAUAGUACUUCUCGGUGGAAGUCUGAUUGCUCUUUCAAGUUUGGGAUUUAUGCACGGUUUUCGGAUCGACCCACUUGAUUGCCUUAUAUUCGCCUCGUUAAUAGCAGCUGUUGAUCCAGUGGCGGUUCUCGCGAUAUUUCAAGAAGUUGGAGUGAACAAGAUGCUUUAUUUUAUGGUUUUUGGUGAAUCUUUACUAAAUGAUGCUGUGACAAUAGUCUGCUAUAAUCUCGUGAUUGAGUUUAAAGAGCUCGAUUCUAUCGGUUUCAUGGAUGUAAGUCAUGCUUGA